AUGUGCGGCCAAUUGUAAAAUCGCAAACAGAGCAAGUGGAGGUAGUGGUCACACAGAAACGCUAAUGUUUUUCUACACUACUGAGUGUAUAUUAGCCGCAUGUUCUACCUCGGCCAACCGUUCGAUUCUAUGUUAUUUGCGGUUUCUUUGCUAAUGAUGUUAGCGCGAGGAGGACUCCUGUCCAGAUUCGUAUGGAACGGUUGCCGAAGGAUGGGAAACUUCACAUCCUUCAGCUCAAGUGGUCUGUCAAGCACAACAGCAUGUGGUCAGUUUCUACAGGAGGUGGUGUCUCAUAACUGCAUUGUCAUAUUUUCCAAGACCACUUGUCCAUAUUGCAAAAUGGCCAAAAAUGUAUUCAAUGAAAUUGGUGCUACAUACAAGGUGAUAGAGCUGGAUGAACACAAUGAUGGAAGACGACUACAAGAGGCCUUGGCGCAGUUGACCGGUGCCAGAACAGUUCCGAGGGUCUUCAUCAAUGGAAACUGCAUUGGAGGAGGCUCUGACACAAAGGAACUACACCAGAAGGGAAAACUGCUGCCUCUGAUAGAACAAUGUGCCCCGUGCUGCGUGAAAAUUAACACUGAAGGCUCGGGCAGCGGACAGUUCGAGUCCACCAAAUGACUAACCGUUCUAAUUCUCACUGUAAUUUAUCCUGUGUUUAUUUAAUGUUUCCUCGACUUUGUGUGAUACAUUAUAUAUAUAUGGGUUCUAUGUGGUUUAUUUACCAAGAUGCACACUUGUUAUCGUCACCCUUCGUCUACAUUCAGGGAAUGUACAGUAUUUUAAUGAAUUAAAUGAAAUCAAAUUUAUUUAUAUAGCCCUUCUUACAUCAGCUGAUAUCUCAAAGUGCUGUACCCAGCCUAAAACCCCAAACAGCAAGCAAUGCAGGUGUAGAAGCACAGUGGCUAGGAAAAACUCCCUAGAAAGGCCAAAACCUAGAGAGGGGUGGCCAGUCCUCUUCUGGCUGUGCCGGGUGGAGAUUAUAACAGAACAUGGCCAAGAUGUUCAUAAAUGACCAGCAUGGUCAAAUAAUAAUAAUCACAGUAGUUGUCGAGGGUGCAGCACGUCAGUUGGCUUUUCAUAGCCGAUCAUUAAGAGGAUCUCUACCACUCCUGCUGUCUCUAGAGUUAAAACAGCACGUCUGGGACAGGUAGCACGUCCUGUGAACAGGUCCGGAUUCCAUUAAACUCUACAAUCUUUUAAAGGAGGACUGUGCCUAAUUAUUUGCAUGCCUGUGAAGUAAGAAAUACAUGAACUGGUUUAACAUGAUACACUGGUUAAAAUUAUGGUAGCGCUUCAUAAUAAAAGCAACAAUGUGUUACUUG